AUUUUGGUCCACCCGAAACCAAAACUUAACCCUCUCCUCUGUUCCUUCUCCUUCCGCGCCUCCCCUUUCUUCGUCGUCGUCGUCGUCUUCCUCCUCCCGAAACCCUAACCCUAAUGUCGAUCUCUCUCCCCAACCAGAGCAUGGCGCCGUCGGCUCCGGCGAAGGACGCCGAGGCGAGCCUGGGGUUCCUGACGAAGCGCGACACGGAGGUGAAGCUCCCGCGGCCCACGCGCGUGAAGAACAAGACCCCCGCGUCGAUCCAGAUCACCGCGGAGCAGAUCCUCCGCGAGGCCCGCGAGCGCCAGGAGCCCGAGAUCCGGCCCCCCAAGCAGAAGAUCACCGACCCCCACGAGCUCUCCGACUACCGGCUCCGCAAGCGCAAGGAGUUCGAGGACCUCAUCCGCCGCGUCCGCUGGAACGUCUCCGUCUGGGUCAAGUACGCCCAGUGGGAGGAGUCCCAGGGCGACUUCACCCGCGCCCGCUCCGUGUGGGAGCGCGCCCUCGACGUCGACUACCGCAACCACACCCUCUGGCUCAAGUACGCCGAGUUCGAGAUGCGCAACCGCUUCGUCAACCACGCCCGCAACGUCUGGGACCGCGCCGUCUCCCUCCUCCCCCGCGUCGACCAGCUCUGGUACAAGUACAUCCACAUGGAGGAGAUGCUCCGGAACGUCCCCGCCGCCCGCCAGGUGUUCGAGCGCUGGAUGCAGUGGCAGCCCGACGCCCAGGGCUGGCUCUCCUACGUCAAGUUCGAGCUCCGCUACGGCGAGGCCGACCGCGCCCGCGCCGUCUACGAGCGCUUCGUUGCCUGCCACCCCCGCCCCGACGCCUUCAUCCGCUACGCCAAGUUCGAGAUGAAGCGCGGCGAGGUCGCCCGGGCCCGCUCCGUCUACGAGCGCGCUGUCGACCUCCUCUCCGAGGACGAGGACGCUGAGAAGCUCUUCGUCGCGUUCGCCGAGUUCGAGGAGCGGUGCAAGGAGGUCGAGCGGGCGAGGUGCAUCUAUAAGUACGCCCUGGACCACAUUCCCAAGGGCCGGGCCGAGGACCUGUACCGCAAGUUCGUUGCCUUCGAGAAGCAGUACGGGGACCGCGAGGGGAUCGAGGAUGCGAUUGUCGGGAAGAGGAGGUUUCAGUAUGAGGAGGAGGUGCGGAAGAACCCCUUGAAUUACGACUCCUGGUUCGAUUACGUUAGAUUGGAGGAGAGCGUAGGGAAUAAGGACAUGAUUAGGGAGGUCUAUGAGCGGGCGAUCAGUAAUGUGCCCCCGGCAGAGGAGAAGCGGUACUGGCAGCGGUACAUCUAUCUGUGGAUAAACUAUGCAUUAUACGAGGAGCUUGAUGCGCAGGACAUGGACACGACGAGAGAGGUUUACAGAGAAUGUCUAAAAUUGGUUCCUCACAAGAAGUUCUCCUUUGCAAAAAUGUGGCUCAUGGCCGCCCAGUUCGAGAUAAGACAAAUGAAUAUCAAGGCUGCAAGGCAGAUUUUAGGAAAUGCAAUUGGAAUGGCUCCAAAGGAUAAGAUUUUCAAGAAAUACAUCGAGAUUGAACUACAACUGGGCAAUAUCAGCCGGUGUAGAACCCUCUAUGAGAAGUAUCUUGAGUGGGCCCCUGCAAAUUGCUACGCCUGGAGCAAGUAUGCAGAGUUGGAAAGAUCUCUUAGUGAGACAGAGCGUGCUCGUUCAAUAUUUGAACUUGCAAUUGCUCAACCUGCUCUAGACAUGCCGGAACUUUUAUGGAAGGUGUACAUUGACUUUGAGAUAUCAGAACAUGAAUAUGAGAAAACGAGGCAACUCUAUGAACGACUACUGGAUCGGACUAGGCACCUCAAAGUAUGGAUAAGCUACGCAAAGUUUGAGGCUUCAGCUGGUUUGGAAGACAAAGAGGUGGAUGGUGAGGCGAAGUCCGAAAACCAUGACGCCUCUUCUCAAGAUCAGCAGAUGGAGCGUGUUCAACGAUGUCGAGCUGUUUUUGAAAGGGCUUUCGAUUACUUUAGAACCAGUGCUCCCGAACUAAAGGAGGAAAGGGCAAUGCUAUUGGAGGAGUGGCUCAACAUGGAGAGCAGUUUCGGCAGUCUUGGCGAUGUUAGCAUAGUGCAGAAGAAGUUACCUAGAAAAGUUAAGAGGAAACGGGCCAUAACGAGUGAAGAUGACGCUCCUGCCGGCUUCGAGGAAUACUACGACUACAUAUUCCCUGACGAAGUUGCCAUGGCGCCGAAUUUGAAGAUUUUAGAAGCAGCCUAUAAAUGGAAGAAGCAGAAGGUGGACACUGAUGAUGACUGAUAGCAAAGUAACUGUUUGGUCAAUCUUUAUUUUUACUUACCUAUGUGUUCUUAGAGUCUCUUGGGGAAAACCGAUCACCUAUAGUUCGUUGGGAUGGUUUGUGUGCUUGUAUAUGUCAGCUUUCCCCGCACAUUCCCCCCUGCGGAAGAGGCAAUUUGUUUUCCAGUUGGUUUUUUUAGGGUUCAUCAGUUGGACCAUUGGCAUGUUAAAUGGACUUUCCACUCAACUGUACAAUUUCUUUUAUACUGAAACUUAGUUUAAUCUCUCUCCUCUGUA